UUUCAACAAACAGAGUGUCGUAUCCAGGGGCAUCAUGCCCCGUGAGAUCAGUGCCAUCACGUAUGCGCGUCAUCCAGCGGAGGACGCUCCGGGUCAGAAAACGUGUGGCGUCAAGAACAACGUGUCGAUUCAGUUUUCCGUGCAAGCCAAUCCGCAAGAGUCGUCUUCUUUCAAGUCUGACUCUGCGAUCAGGUCGAAGCGCACCAACAUCUACAACCCCGAUUACUACCUGGGGAAGCGGGUGACCUGCAAGCGGCAGCUGACUGUAACAAAUCAGACGGAGUCCACGACAGAGUCGAGCUCCAACCGAUGGCGGAAGAAGAGUCGGCCUCACACUGACGUGAACUCUCCCGUCGUUUACUCCUCAGAGCACAGCACCCCAACCCCAUUGCUUCCCAAGUCCACGGGAGACUCCGUGAUAGAGAAGGCUCAACUGUUAAACCAGAGGAGACCCGAGGCCGUCAGGGCGACACCGAUGUCGGGACCUACACAGCAGUAUCACACGGACAGCGCAAGCGAUCUGAGCCUAGGGCGACAGGAUGCCAUGCCGAAGAAUGUGGAAGAGAC